UUUAAUCCCCGCGACUGCAGCAGCGCCGGCUCCCUCCCGGUCCCCGCCUCGGCCCCGGGCUCCGAAGCGGCUCGGGGGCGCCCUUUCGGUCAGUGUCGUCGUCUACCCCCCCACCCCAGCCCCAGCCCCUGGGGACCCAGGCUCGCCAGCGCCCAGCCAGGGAGCCGGCCGGGAAGCGCGAUGGGGGCCCCUUCAGCCCUGCCCCUGCUCCUGCUUUUCGCCUGCUGCUGGGCGCCCGGCGGGGCCAACCUCUCCCAGGACGACAGUCAGCCCUGGACAUCAGAUGAGACAGUGGUGGCUGGUGGCACCGUGGUGCUCAAGUGCCAAGUGAAAGAGCAUGAGGACUCGUCCCUGCAGUGGUCUAACCCUGCCCAGCAGACGCUCUACUUCGGGGAGAAGAGAGCCCUUCGAGAUAAUCGGAUUCAGCUGGUUAGAUCUACACCCCAUGAGCUCAGCAUCAGCAUCAGCAACGUGGCCCUGGCGGACGAGGGUGAAUACACCUGUUCCAUCUUCACUAUGCCCGUGAGAACUGCCAAGUCCCUCGUCACUGUGCUCGGAAUUCCACAGAAGCCCAUCAUCACUGGCUACAAGUCAUCGUUACGGGAAAAGGAUACAACCACCCUCAACUGUCAAUCUUCUGGAAGCAAACCUGCAGCCCAGCUCACCUGGAGGAAGGGUGACCAAGAGCUCCACGGAGAACCAACCCGGGUGCAGGAAGAUCCCAAUGGCAAAACCUUCACUGUGAGCAGCUCAGUCACCUUCCAGGUCACCCAGGAGGAUGAUGGGGCAGACAUUGUGUGCUCUGUGAACCAUGAAUCUCUGAAGGGAGCUGACAGGUCCACCUCGCAGCGCAUCGAAGUCUUAUACAAACCGACGGCGAAGAUCAGGCCGGACCCUCCGCAUCCCCGUGAGGGCCAGAAGCUGUUGCUACACUGUGAGGGGCGUGGCAAUCCUGUCCCCCAGCAGUACCUGUGGGAGAAGGAGGGCAGUGUGCCCCCGCUAAAGAUGACCCAGGACAGCGCCCUGAUCUUCCCCUUCCUCAACAAGAGUGACAGCGGCACCUACGGCUGCACAGCCACCAGCAACAUGGGCAGCUACAAGGCUUACUACACUCUCAACGUGAACGACCCCAGUCCGGUGCCCUCCUCCUCCAGCACCUACCACGCCAUCAUCGGUGGGAUCGUGGCUUUCAUCGUCUUCCUGCUGCUCAUCCUGCUCAUCUUCCUCGGCCACUACUUGAUCCGGCACAAAGGAACCUACCUGACACACGAGGCAAAAGGCUCCGAUGAUGCCCCAGAUGCAGACACGGCCAUCAUCAACGCAGAAGGCGGGCAGUCGGGAGGGGACGACAAGAAGGAAUAUUUCAUCUAGGGGCGGCCCUCCAGGGACCCCGUGGGGACUGCUGGGGCCAUCACCAACCUGGACUUGUACAGAGCGACCCCAGGGCCGCCCCUCCCGCUUGCUCCCCAGCCCCCUCCACCCCCCUGUACAGAAUGUCUGCUUUGGGUGCGGUUUUGUACUCGGUUUGGAAUGGGGAGGGAGGAGGGCGGGGGGGAGGGAGGGUUGCCCUCAGCCCUUUCCGUGGCUUCUCUGCGUUUGGGUUAUUAUUAUUUUUGUAACAAUCCCAAAUCAAAUCUGUCUCCAGGCUGGAGGGGCAGGGGCCUUGGAGUGAGGAGAGAAAAAAAGAAAAAAAAGAAAGAAAGAAAAACCCAGAGCGUUAGGAGGAGAAUGAAGAGAGGGUAGGGGCUGGAAAGGAGCAGGGUCGGUUUGUGGGGUUGUGUGGGGGGGGUGCCCAGCCCUCCAUCCUCUACAGCAGAGCCUCUUAUCGGACUUCUCCAAGAAAGGGACACUUUCGAGCAGGAGCUGAAGGUGGCUUUUCCUCUGUUAGUGGCACACCUUGAGCUGUGGAAGCAGCAGGUACCGCUGACCCCCUCUCCUCCACCCCAAUGGGAAAGGAGUGAAUGGGGGUCCCCAGGGGAUGUGACCUGCAGGUGGCAUGCAGCUGUGCAGGGACCCAGGGCUUCCCCCUGGGGAGGACACAGGUCCCUACAGGAGGGACAGAUUUGGAGAGGAAGGAUGGCAGAGAUGGCCCCAUCUGCCCCUUGCCCCCCCCUACAGUGAGUGAAGCCAGGCCCUUUUCCCAGGAACCGCCCUUGGGGGCUAGCAGAGCCAGGCUGCCCCUCCCUGCUCCAGCAGCUGUGGGAGAGGGGCUGCUCUGGGGCCUGAACUGCAUCUGCUUCCCCACCCAGGGGCCCCUUACUCUCACCCAAGCCCUGGACUGUUGCACGGCAACCACUCUCAGCAAACUGCUCUCCUUGUCUUGUGCUGCCCUGUGCCCCUUCCUGUUCCCCAAGCUGUCCCUUAGUCCUCCCUCCCUCCCUCCCUUCCUCCCUCAGCAGCCAGGCAGACAUAACAACAAAAAUACUAAAAGGCGCUUCACUGCACUGAGCUGUUUCCUGCCCCAACGAAGGGAAUACUGUGAGUGUGUGGAUGUGUGUGUCCAUGUGUGUCUGUGUGUCUGUGCACAUACAUGUGUGUGUAUGAAUGUGAGGCAGAGGGGGUCCUGGGCAGGUGGGCGGGCUGUGGGGCCUGUACAGGAGGGCUUUGGGAGCUGGGGGUCCCUAGGUAGGCAGGCCUUGCACCUCACCUGGGAUGUUGCUUCGUCCUGCUAUUUUCCAGGCCUUCCUGACACCUACCUGUCAUAGAGAAAACCAUCCCAGGGGGUGUUUGAGCUCAGCUGUCCACUUCAUCUCUCCCUCAAACACAGGGCAUCCAAUCCCUGCCUCCAUGUCCCCUCUCAGAGCCAUGGCGUCAGUGCCAGAGCCUUUGCUAUGCAUCCCUCAGGCCUCUCCCUGGCACUACCCUGGAAUGACCACUGUCAUUUCUUAUUCCCAUAGUGUGUACCCGGUGUGUUGAGGGCUGGAAUGAAACCGCCUGUCUCCUUCCCAUCUCCAGCCCUGCUUUUGAUUUUGUGUCUUCCUUGUGGCCGAGCUGGUUGCCGUGGAGACAAAGUUGCUCACCCUCCCUGUCUGGCCACCCGCCUCCGGCCCAGGGUGCCCCCUGGUGCCUCCCUAACCCCCCUCCAGCAUGUCCCCCCUGCUCUGACGACCCGGGGGCGUGCAUGGUGGGGGCAGCUGCAGCCAAUAGGUUUGCCCACCCCCUUCAGUUCAGGUAAUACCCUCAUGAAUCUUCCAGCCACUGGUCAGGGCCCUGGGCGACACAGGCGGCCCCUCACCUAAGCCAGGGCUCCCUCCUCUUACAGCAGCAAGGCAGCCCCAGGCCCCCAGGUCGGUGGGCUCCUUGCUUCCCAGCACCUGCUUCUGGGAAAAUACUUUUCCUCUUUGAGCUGAACCACUCUGUCCAUGUUACACAGAAGCCAUAUUUGUACGGGGGGCGGGGGGAGAGGGGCCGUCGUGCUGUGUGUGUCUGUCUGGGGUGGGGGGUGGAGCAGGGAGGGCAUCGUGUAUCUUUAUAAUCUUUCUAAACUCUCCUGUGCUAAUCUCAGAGGGGCCACCCUCAAUAUAUCUGGAUUAUCCGUG